UUCGCCAGCUACGCGCGACUGUUAUUUUAUAACGACGGUCAACGGUCUCACUGUCCGUUUUUCAAGGAGAAGUUGCAAAACCAUGAAGAACGAGAUGGUAAACUAUAUCCGACUCGCCGGUGACAAUUCGAUGAACAUGAUUGAUUUCGUUUCAGAUCAUCGGCAGAAAUUGAUCUCGAAGAGUAGAGCAAAAUAAACAAAUAAAUAAUUAUCUAAUUAGUCAUCAGCGAAAUUUUAAUUCUGCAGUCAUGGCUGUAUGAUCGGACAUGCAUGUGUUCAACUAAACGCAAACCCAUUUGCGAGAUAGUAUGACUUCGGGCAAGCUUAAAAUUUAUGGUGGUGAAGAAAGAAUUAUUAGGUUUGAAGUUGUUAUCAUGGAGUUGAAGUCAAAGAAGUUUAGCAGAGAGAAGAGGAAGGAUAGGUAGGCUAGACAUAUACACCCACCAAAACAAGAAUAAUAAAAACAAAGAAACAACUGGAAAUGGGACUAUCUGUAUCUUGGCAACUUUAUAUUCAGUGUAUUUGUAUUUUCGAUAACUUUAAUUAACCAAUAGUGCUAUAAGGCAACACCAAAUAUUGAAUUUAAGAUUUGCAGGCGGAAGAGAUAUUUUUCACAUUCUUUGGCAGCAGAACACCUGGAAAGAUAUGGAGGCCAAUUGCGAGAUAAAGAAAGAUGUUACUGAAUUAAUUGGCAAUACACCUAUGGUAUAUCUCAAUAAUAUUGUGGAUGGUUGCGUAGCCCGGAUUGCUGCCAAGCUUGAAAUGAUGGAACCUGUCUCUAGUGUUAAAGACAGAAUUGCAUACAGCAUGAUCAAAGAUGCAGAAGAUAAAGGCUUGAUUACUCCAGGAAGGUUAACCGUACUGAUUGAACCGACAAGUGGUAACACUGGCAUUGGAUUAGCAGCAAUAGCGGCAAUGAAGGGUUAUAAAAUUAUCCUUACCAUGCCUGCUUCAAUGAGUCUUGAGAGAAGAAUUGUGCUACGUGCUCUUGGAGCCGAAGUUUACCUUACUGAUCCAGCCAAGGGCUUUAAUGGGGUACUUGAGAAAACUGAUGAGAUACUAAAUAAGACACCUAAUGGCUAUAUCUUUCGGCAAUUCGAAAAUCCUGCCAAUCCAAAGAUUCAUUAUGAAACAACUGGUCCAGAAAUAUGGAGAGACUCGGGAGGCAAAGUUGAUGCCUUGGUUGCAGGGAUUGGAACUGGUGGAACUGUGACUGGAGCUGGCAGAUUCCUCAAGGAGAAAAACUCAGAUAUUAAGGUGUAUGGUGUAGAACCAGUUGAAAGUGCAAUCUUAAAUGGAGGAGAGAAAGGGCCGCAUCUGAUCCAAGGAAUUGGUGCUGGUAUCAUUCCUAGUGUUCUGAAUGUUGACUUGCUGGAUGCAGUUCUCCAGGUAUCAAGUGAGGAAGCUAUUGAAACCACUAAGCUGCUUGCCUUGAAAGAAGGUUUGCUGGUUGGGAUAUCUUCUGGAGCUGCAGCUGCUGCUGCAAUUAGAUUGGCAAAGAGGCCUGAAAGUGCAGGGAAACUCAUUGUUGUGGUAUUCCCCAGUUUAGGAGAACGUUACUUAUCUUCCAAGCUCUUUGAGUCCAUUAGGCAAGAGGUGGAAAACAUGACUUUUGAUUGAGACCAAUUCAAGAAUAUUCAACUUAUCGGUUGUUACAGCACUGAAUUUUAUGAUGUGACAUACUCUCAUAAUUGUAACUUCUGCAGUAGUCCUGUGUAGUGUACUUGUGCCAGCCAACCCUCGAGUGUCAGUUAAUUUUAUUGAGAUACAUAGGCGUACUUUUGAGGAUGAGCCUCGUUGCAACAGUAACAUUAUUCCCCUUAUUAUGGUAUGGAUGUUAAUUUUAUACUCGGCCAUACAAAAAGCUCUCCUGCCAAUGCGUGAGGAAGUUUUCAAGUCCAAGUUUUUAAUUGCUGCUCGCUUGUCAAGGAUCUAUAAGUAGCAAUAGUUAAAAUGCUGUCUUUUCGUUA